CAGUCGCGUUGCGUCUCUCCAGCCUCCCGCCGGGAACUGCCGGGACGCAUGCGAGCUGCAGAUUCGGCGCCUGCGCGUGGUGCCGGUAAACGCGCGGUUGGUCGACGCGCGAGCGUCCUUGCUGCUAAGUGCGCUCGUGAGGCGGUGCGCGUGCGCGUGCGCGGCCGCAAAGCGGGGCGGGAGGAAACGAGUGCGUUUUCCUCUUAGGCGGCGCCAUUUUGUGUUCAGAGCCGCUCCAGCUGCCGGCGGUGUGCGGCUGAGUCGGUGGCGGAGACGGGAACGUGACGAUGGCGGAGACUCUGCCUGGGUCGGGCGACUCGGGCCCCGGCACGGCUGCUCUCGGCCUGGGCGUUGCGGAGACUGGGACGAGGCGACUCAGCGAGCUGCGGGUGAUCGAUCUGCGGGCGGAGCUGAAGAAGCGGAACCUAGACACGGGCGGCAACAAGAGCGUCCUGAUGGAGCGGCUCAAGAAGGCGGUUAAAGAAGAGGGGCAAGAUCCUGAUGAAAUUGGCAUCGAGUUAGAAGCCAGCAGCAAGAAGUCAGCCAAGAGAUGUGUUAAAGGACUGAAGAUGGAGGAGGAAGGCACAGAAGAUAACGGCCUGGAAGAUGAUUCCAGAGACGGGCAGGAGGACAUGGAAGCAAGUCUGGAGAACCUGCAGAAUAUGGGCAUGAUGGACAUGAGUGUGCUAGACGAAACUGAAGUGGAGAAUAGCAGUGCUCCAGAUUUUGGGGAGGAUGGCGCAGACAGUCUUCUCGAUUCCUUUUGUGAUAGUAAAGAAUACGUGGCUGCACAGCUGAGACAGCUCCCGGCUCAGCUCCCAGAGCAUGCUGUGGAUGGGGAAGGAUUCAAGAACACUUCAGAAACUUCAUCGUUGAACUUCAAAGUAACUCCGGACAUUGAAGAAUCUCUUUUGGAGCCAGAAAAUGAGAAAAUACUCGACAUUUUGGGGGAAACUUGUAAAUCUGAGCCAGUAAAAGAAGAAAGUUCCGAGCUGGAGCAGCCAUUUGCACAGGACACAAGUAGCGUGGGGCCAGACAGAAAGCUUGCGGAGGAAGAGGACCUAUUUGACAGCGCCCAUCCGGAAGAGGGUGAUUUAGAUUUGGCCAGCGAGUCAACAGCACACGCUCAGUCGAGCAAGGCAGACAGCCUGUUAGCGGUAGUGAAAAGGGAGCCCGCGGAGCAGCCAGGCGAUGGCGAGAGGACGGACUGUGAGCCUGUAGGGCUAGAGCCGGCAGUUGAGCAGAGUAGUGCGGCCUCCGAGCUCGCGGAGGCCUCUAGCGAGGAGCUCGCGGAAGCACCCACGGAAGCCGCAAGCCCAGAAGCCAGAGAUAGCAAAGAAGACGGGAGGAAGUUUGAUUUUGAAGCUUGUAAUGAAGUCCCUCCGGCUCCUAAAGAGUCCUCAACCAGUGAGGGCGCUGAUCAGAAAAUGAGCUCUUUUAAGGAAGAAAAAGAUAUAAAGCCAAUCAUUAAAGAUGAAAAAGGUCGAGUUGGCAGCAGUUCUGGUCGGAACCUGUGGGUCAGCGGGCUGUCCUCCACAACACGAGCUACGGAUCUCAAGAACCUUUUCAGCAAGUAUGGGAAGGUUGUUGGGGCCAAAGUGGUAACAAACGCCCGCAGCCCGGGAGCUCGAUGCUAUGGAUUUGUCACCAUGUCAACAUCUGACGAGGCGACCAAGUGCAUCAGCCAUCUCCACAGGACUGAGCUGCAUGGACGAAUGAUUUCCGUAGAGAAGGCCAAAAACGAGCCUGCUGGGAAAAAGCUUUCCGACAGAAAAGAGUGCGAAGUGAAGAAGGAAAAAUUAUCGAGUGUCGACAGACAUCAUUCUGUGGAGAUCAAAAUUGAAAAAACCGUAAUUAAGAAGGAGGAGAAGAUUGAGAAGAAGGAGGAAAAAAAGCCUGAAGACAUUAAAAAGGAAGAAAAAGACCAGGAUGAGCUGAAACCCGGACCUACAAGUCGGUCUAGAGUCACCAAAUCAGGAAGCAGAGGAAUGGAGCGGACAGUUGUGAUGGAUAAAUCGAAAGGAGAGCCUGUCAUUAGCGUGAAAACCACCAGCAGGUCCAAAGAGAGAAGCUCCAAGAGUCAGGAUCGCAAGUCAGAAAGCAAAGAAAAGAGAGACAUCUUGUCGUUUGAUAAAAUCAAAGAACAAAGGGAGAGAGAGCGCCAGAGGCAGCGGGAACGGGAGAUCCGAGAAACGGAGAGGCGGCGGGAGCGCGAGCAGCGGGAGCGGGAGCAGCGCCUCGAGGCCUUCCAUGAGCGGAAGGAGAAGGCCCGGCUGCAGCGGGAACGCCUGCAGCUCGAGUGCCAGCGCCAGCGUCUGGAGCGGGAGCGCAUGGAGCGGGAGCGGCUAGAGCGGGAACGCAUGCGCGUGGAGCGUGAGCGCAGGAAGGAGCAGGAGCGCAUCCACCGCGAGCGCGAGGAGCUGCGUCGCCAGCAGGAGCAGCUGCGCUACGAGCAGGAGCGGCGGCCGGGGCGGAGGCCCUACGACCUGGAUCGACGAGAUGAUGCCUAUUGGCCAGAGGGAAAGCGUGUGGCAAUGGAGGACAGAUACCGCGCGGACUUUCCCCGGCCAGACCACCGCUUCCACGAUUUCGAUCAUCGAGACCGGGGCCAGUACCAGGACCACGCCAUCGACAGGUCAGCGGUCCCGUCCCCUCCUUUAGCUACAGUCAUUGUGGGCACUGGCGCAUCCAGCCGACCUCAUUCUCAGCCCAGUGCAGGGGUUCCUGUGUGCUCUGAAGCCUCGUUUACUUCUGAGAUGCACAAUGGGAAAGAAUCCUGUUCAAACAGCGCCAGGCACUACUACACAUUUCUCGUAGGUCAGACAGUCCUCCUGGAAGGUGGGCCUAUGUGGGUGACGUGGUCAGUGUCACCUUGUCCCUCUCCUGCCUUCCAGCACUAUGGAGAUGACCGCCAUGGCCACGGAGGACCCCCAGAGCGCCACGGCCGGGACUCCCGUGAUGGCUGGGGGGGCUACGGCUCCGACAAGAGGCUGAGUGAAGGCCGGGGUCUGCCCCCUCCCCCCAGGGGUGGCCGUGACUGGGGAGAGCACAACCAGCGGCUGGAGGAGCACCAGGCGCGUGCCUGGCAGGGUACCAUGGACGCAGGCGCGGCCAGCCGGGAGCACGCCAGGUGGCAAGGUGGCGAGAGGGGCCUGUCUGGGCCCUCGGGGCCGGGGCACAUGGCAAGCCGCGGUGGAGUGGCGGGGCGAGGCGGCUUUGCACAAGGUGGACAUUCCCAGGGCCACGUGGUGCCAGGUGGCGGACUGGAAGGUGGCGGAGUGGCCAGCCAGGACCGGGGCAGCAGAGUCCCGCACCCACACCCCCAUCCCCCCCCGUAUCCCCACUUCACCCGCCGCUACUAAGUCCCACUCACUGCGAGUUUUCAGGUGGGCAGAUGCACUGUUGAAUCUGGUAGCCAGGGUUCCCUUGAACUUGGGGGAUCUUUUUAAAAGCAAAGCAAAUCCUGCCACCGUGUUGUAGCUCAAUACAAUGUGAACUCACUUUUUUUUUUUUUAAAUAAAUGUGUUCUUGUUCUGCCGUUUUUAAAUCAAGGUUUCUGUUAACGAGGCAUUCCAUUUUCCAUUAAUAAAGUUUACCAUUCGCA